CGUGGACACCAGUGGACACAGACCUUAAGGCUAUGACUGAUUCAAUACCCAAUGACAAGAUAAACGUCAUCCCUGAUAAACGUUACCUUGCGACUUUAAUUGUUUCCUAAGCAUUAAUUAUUGUAUUUUAUCGCGAAGGUUAAAAAAAUGAUUUAUGUAAUAACUGAAUUUGCCUACCAAUAAGUCUCGCAGGUGUCUUUAAAAAAGCCAAAUAGAGUCUAGCCUUCUGACACACACGAGGAUAGCCGAAAAUCAAUGAUAAGGCCGUGCUCACGUGGAGGCAAAUAAUAUCCGGUACUAGCUUGGCGUAGCCGGAGGCUCGUUUGUGAAAGUAACAAUCUUGAAAUGCCACGCCACAGAAGUUACACAGUUCGUAUUUCGAUAAGUUGAUAAGUUGAAAAUAAAAGCCUUUGGCGCGCAGUUGGCUAGUGCAUUUUUUUUUAACAAGUAUUGUCAUGGGACCUCCUUCCGUGACAAGGACUUUGUAAACAGUUGUUUAUGCCAUAUCCAUUUCUUCACAUCCAUAUUGCAGCCAAAAAUACCCAAGUAACUAUUCUUUAUUUGUUGUUUAAAUCAGAGUAAUAUGGAGGAAGCUACUUUGUUCAAUGCAAGUAUUCUUGAAAGGUUGUCAAUUUUAAAGACAGAUAAUAGUCUUAUCGUUAGACCUUUGAAGACAACAGAUUACGAUAAAGGUUUUCCUCAAAUUCUGAAUCAGUUGACAGAAGUGGGAAAUGUUAGCAAGGAACAAUUUUUGAAUGUAUUUUGGAAAAUGAAGGCAUCUGGUAGUUAUUAUGUAAUUGUUAUAGAAGAUGUAAAUAAUGACAAAGUAAUCGGAUGCGCUACAUUAGUAUUGGAACAAAAGUUCAUUCAUAAUUGCGCACUGAGAGGUCGUGUGGAAGAUGUGGUUGUAAAUAAAGAAUACAGGGGGAAACAGUUGGGAAAAUUGGUGGUUACGACCCUAUCUAAACUGGCACAGCAUUUAAAUUGUUACAAACUGUCCCUAGAUUGCCGUGACGCACUUAUUCCAUUUUAUGAAAGUUUGGGAUUCAAGAAAGAACAUAGCAAUGCUAAUUCUUUGAACAUGCGAUUACUUCCUGAAAACACUCAAGAACAAUCUCAUUUAUGAUCUGAAGACAUCACGUGAAUGCAGUAAGCAAAAUCAUGUUUGAUUGUUUAAAAAAAUGAACGUUUAAUCAACAAAAGGUGUUUGUAAAUUGCUACUUUCCUUAUAUACAUACUUUAUGUACAUGUAUAAGAAUCUAUUACUACAUAGUAAUUCAGUACUUUCAUAGUAUAGAAUUUUGGGAAAAUUGUACCAGCAAUUUGAAUUUGUAAAUGGCCAAGCCUCAUGCUUUUAUAAAGAGAUGAACUGUUAUGUUAAAUGUGGUCCAUUCAAGUUCUUCACGUCUAUUAACCUGUAUAUGUUUGCAAUAAAAAGUUUCAUCAGAA